ACCGAACGGAGGGAGCGGCUAAGCAGUGUGAACUUACCAAGAGGCGUGGAGUGUUGACCAGACAGACCACCGCCCCGCGCCACCAUCAUUUGUGUGUCUGGUGCACCGUGCAUGAAGGCGUUGUGGUGUAGAACAUAGCACCUUUUUGUACUGAAACAGACUCAGUAAUGACCGAAAGUGAGGAGUAGAGUGUUUAGUUAUAACAGAAACCUUCACCUCUUAUCAUUGCUUUUACAUCAAGGCGAAGUGAAGUGGUCUUGUUAAUGACACGCCUUGUAUCGAAACCAACUCACUGCUGACCCUAAGUGUUGCUUGGAGUGUUUACAAUACAGUACUAAAGACGAAGUGAAGUGAUCUUAGAGCGUUUUUGUAUCGUGAAGGAAGUAAGCGAAGGCAGAACACCGCAUACCGUUCAUUAAUUGAUCGAUUGAUAUUUUAAUUGCGCAGGAACUAGCUGACAACGUCUUUUAAGAACUGGAGAUUGACACAAGCAGGAGUGAAGUGUCGCUCUUUCCUGGUGACCGAGUCGAGCAGUGAUUUAGCCGCCCCACCAGGUUUGACAUUGAGAGCACCUGUGAUUGACUGGAAAAUUGAGGCGCGGGGAGUGUGUGGCGGUGACGUUGACGCUGCGCUGGUGAAAGAACUGACUAUCCCACACCAGUUUUGGAUUAUGAGAAAGCUGUAGAGAGUGAGUGAGGAGUCAUAAGCCGCAAGGGGACGGUGUAGCUGGGGUGCCGCGCGCCCGGUGACGGGGUGAGGAGCGCAGCGCCGGCACCAUGGCCACCAUCGACGGACGCCCGGCGCAGUAUGGCAUCACGCUACGCCAACUGCGCGAGCUGAUGGAGUCGCGCGGGGUUGAGGGAGUAGAGCGCAUCCAACGGGAGUAUGGCGGCACAUUGGAGAUCACCAAGAAGCUUUACUCCUCCCCAACCAAUGGGUUGAGUGGGAAUGCCAGUGACAUGGAGCAUCGGAGACAGACUUUCGGCUCCAAUGUCAUCCCUCCUAAGCCCCCGAAGACCUUCCUGACGUUGGUAUGGGAGGCACUGCAGGACGUGACGCUCAUCAUCCUGCAAGUGGCUGCCGUGGUGUCCCUGGGCCUCUCCUUCUACAAGCCACCAGAGGAAACCAUAGCAGGAGCAGCAGCAGAAAAGGGAAUUGCUGAUGAAGUGGGCCAUCACGAUGAGGGUGAGGAGGAAGCUGGAUGGAUCGAGGGUGUGGCCAUCCUUAUUUCUGUGGCAGUUGUUGUUUUUGUCACAGCCUUUAAUGACUACACAAAAGAGAAACAGUUUCGGGGACUACAAAGCCGUAUCGAGGGCGAGCACAAAUUUUCGGUUAUUCGAGGAGGUGAAGUUCAGCAGAUAGGCGUUGGGGAUAUUGUCGUCGGUGAUAUUUGCCAAAUUAAGUAUGGUGACUUGUUACCAACUGAUGGCAUUUUGUUACAAAGUAAUGAUUUGAAGAUCGACGAGUCCUCACUAACAGGAGAAUCAGACCAUGUAAAGAAAGGGGUUGACCUUGAUCCUAUGGUGCUCUCAGGGACGCAUGUAAUGGAGGGGAGUGGCAAAAUGAUUGUUACUGCUGUUGGUGUAAAUUCGCAGGCAGGUAUCAUCUUCACCCUGCUUGGGGCUGCUGCAGAUGAAGAGCAAGUAGAGGCCCGGAAGAGGAAGAAAGAGGCCAAAAAGCAGCGGAAAAUAAAGAAGAAGGGCGGUUCGGGCGAAGAGUUGAUUGACGUCAAUCCUAAUAAGCAAGACGGCGGUGAGGCUGGCUCUGUGACGGGUAACUCUCACCACAUAACAGCUAACUCCACCAGUGCCGACGGAGACAUCAGAAAUAACAAGCACUCUAAAGGGGAAGAGGAAGAUGAGACACAAAGAUCAGGUGGAAAGAGCCAGGAAAAAUCUGUUCUACAAGCCAAGCUUACAAAGCUUGCUAUCCAGAUUGGCUAUGCUGGUUCUUUCAUUGCUGUGCUAACAGUUGUGAUUUUGAUUGUCCGUUUCUGCGUACAAACAUUUGUUAUGGAAGGCAAGCCGUGGUCUCCGUUUUAUGCCAAUCAUUUUGUUAAGUUCUUCAUCAUCGGUGUUACUGUAUUGGUGGUGGCUGUGCCAGAGGGUCUGCCCCUUGCUGUCACUCUCUCACUGGCUUACUCUGUGAAGAAAAUGAUGAAAGACAAUAACCUGGUGAGGCACCUGGAUGCCUGUGAGACCAUGGGCAAUGCAACAGCCAUCUGCUCCGACAAGACCGGAACUCUCACCACUAACCGCAUGACUGUCGUUCAGGCGUACAUUUGUAGCGAGGACUACAAGAACAUGCCAAAGUUUGAAUCCCUCCCACACAAUGUUGCUGAUCUGCUGCUGCAUGCAAUCAGUGUCAACUCUGCCUACACAUCUCGAGUGCUGCCUGGGGAUAAUCCAGGGGACUUGCCGAAGCAGGUUGGUAACAAAACAGAAUGUGCUUUGUUAGGAUUUGUGUUGGACCUUGGGAAAAGUUAUCAGGCAAUCCGUGAUGAAAUAACAGAAGAAAACUUUCAUCGUGUGUACACAUUCAACUCUGCCAGAAAAUCCAUGUCCACGGUGAUUCCUCGCGACGGAGGGUACCGUAUUUUCACUAAAGGUGCCUCAGAAAUUGUUAUGAAAAAGUGCUCCUUUAUCCAUGGUAAGGAUGGUAAACUAGAAAGCUUCUCAAAAUCAAUGCAAGAUCGCCUUGUUCGAGAAGUGAUUGAACCAAUGGCGUGUAAUGGUCUACGCACAAUCUCAAUUGCAUACAGAGACUUUGUACGAGGAAAAGCCGAAAUUAACCAGGUACACUUUGAAAACGAGCCUCACUGGGAUGAUGAAGACCACAUAAUUAACAACCUGACCUGUCUCUGUGUGCUGGGGAUUGAAGACCCAGUGAGACCUGAAGUACCUGAUGCAAUCCACAAGUGCCAGCGAGCAGGCAUCACCGUGCGCAUGGUGACUGGCGACAAUAUCAACACUGCGCGUUCCAUUGCCUCCAAGUGUGGGAUCCUCAAGCCUGGUGACAACAGCCUUAUUUUAGAGGGAAAAGAAUUCAACAGACGAGUCAGAGAUUCUUCAGGAAAAGUCCAACAACACUUGGUGGACAAAGUUUGGGUGAACCUGCGUGUAUUGGCACGCUCCUCCCCCACUGACAAGUACACAUUGGUGAAGGGAAUCAUUGAGAGCAAAGUGAGUGCCAAUCGAGAGGUGGUGGCAGUGACUGGUGAUGGCACCAAUGACGGCCCUGCACUGAAAAUGGCCGAUGUCGGCUUUGCUAUGGGCAUUGCUGGAACAGAUGUGGCUAAGGAAGCUUCAGACAUCAUCCUGACAGAUGACAACUUCACCUCCAUUGUAAAAGCUGUCAUGUGGGGACGUAAUGUGUAUGACUCCAUUGCAAAGUUUCUACAGUUUCAGCUGACAGUUAAUGUUGUUGCUGUUGUUGUAGCAUUCGUUGGUGCAUGUGCCAUCAACGAUAGCCCUCUCAAGGCUGUACAAAUGUUGUGGGUGAACCUCAUCAUGGAUACUCUGGCCUCCUUGGCCCUGGCGACUGAGGCCCCAACCCCUGAUCUGCUGCAGAGGAAGCCAUACGGCCGCACCAAGCCUCUCAUAUCUCGCACCAUGAUGAAGAACAUCUUGGGGCAAGCAGUUUACAUGAUUUCGAUCAUAUUUCUUUUGUUAUUUUAUGGUGAUAAAAUGUUAGACAUAGACUCUGGGCGUUAUGCAGACAUCCGUGACCCUCCCUCUCAGCACUUUACUAUCAUCUUCAACACCUUCGUCAUGAUGACUCUCUUCAACGAAAUCAAUGCACGGAAAAUUCACGGACAGCGGAAUGUUUUCCAGGGCUUUUUUAGCAAUCCCAUUUUCUACAGCAUUUGGCUGAGUACAUUAGCAGCUCAGAUUGUGAUAGUCCAGUUUGGAGGGCGGGCAUUUUCUACUGAGGCACUCACUCUUGAACUUUGGCUCUGGUGUAUCCUGUUUGGGAGCGGAGUUCUCCUGUGGGGACAGGUGGUCACUUCCAUGCCAACCAAAAGUCUGCCCAAAGAUCUGUUCUCGUGGGGUUCUGGGGAGCCUCAGACGGACCCCAUCGCUGAUCUUACCACUGAGGACAAGCUGGAUUCAGAUGGCAAGGAUAGCAAGCGCACGGGUCAAAUUUUGUGGAUCCGUGGCUUGACCCGGCUCCAGACUCAGUUGAGAGUAAUACGAGCAUUCAAGUCCACCCUGGAAGACUUGGAGGAACGGCGGUCAUGCCAUAGUUUACACAGCUUGCAUAAUAUGCGCAACUCGCGCAGUCAGCAGGGCAACCGGCCCAUGUCAGACAUCAGUUACAUAGAUGAGGACUCCAUGAAAAGCCCAAGUCCCAAUAGUGGCAAGCGGUGCGGGUCGUGCAACACAGCAGUGCGCCUCGUAACGCCCAUCGAGGAGUCAUCACCCACCACUGCCGAGACUGCCCCCCUGGUACCCCCUGGCAGCCCCCAAGGCGGGCCUGCAGCAGCAGCAACCCAGCAGCUGGGGCACCACCGACCCCACACCCACGCCAACACACAAAAUUCGAGUAGUUAAUGCGUUCCGACAGGGGCUCGAUGCUCGGCCUUCCAACCCUAAUCUGGCGGCGGUGCUGAAGAAGCAGUCAUCCCUGAAUAAGAGGCUGUCUCAGGGGUCCUCGUUGGAGUAUGCCGACCUGUGUCCGGACCCUGAAGAACUCACAGUGCCCGAGAUCGACGUGGAACGCUUGUCCUCACACAGUCAUACGGAGACAGCUGUGUAGACUCCUGUUUUAGGCCCUCAUGCCACUUUCUCAGGGCCAACUGCACCUCCAGCAGCACUGGCAACAACAGUAGUGUGAUCAGCAGCCAACAGCAGCAGCAGCAACAAUAUGAGCCCUUGACCACCACCACAGCAGCUAGUGGGCGCCGCCUGUGGUGUGGUAACUGGGUGCUGGGCUCCGCUGCAGCUAAAAUUGACUGACUGCCGCAAUCAGGGUGACUCAAAUGGGAAAGGGCAUUGAAAGACAGCCCAUACGUAUGUGGGAGGAACAACAGCUGUGGGGUCUCUGCAGAUUCGCUGGAGCAGUGGACUGCUUACGUUCCCACAACUCUUUUUGUCUUCCGGGGGGCAUUUUUUGCUCACCUGCAAAUACCCACCCUGAGUACACACCCGUGAAGGGCACAUCCACCUGUGUCCUACCUUAUGGCCGUACCUGGUGCACAGACACACUCACUGGUGUAUGCCAAGGACUCACUGACAGUGUGCCGCGCCCCUUGUUUCAUUAUGUCCUACUGUUAAUAGUCUUGUGUAUAGUAAGGGUUGUUAUUGCAUAGUCUACCAGUUAUAGAAAUGGUAAAGGGUUUUUGCCAGAGGGUUAGAUCUGUUGAACAUUACUAAGGACAAAUUACAUUAUACCUGUAGUCAAAGGAUGUUUUAAAUCUCUCUAAGGAAGUUGUGGAAAAUUGUAUAUUCAUGAAUGUUCUUGGUUCUUGUUUUCUAAAAACCAUGUUGGCUGUUCCUGAUGCUAGAGUCUAUACAUCUCUGUUUUGUUUAUGUUUGGCAGUAUUGUUUUGUCCAUUUGCUGUGUAUGAAAGGAGAGUCUUAGGUUGUAUGACUGAUGGUACCUCUUAGCUUAAGUGGUAUGAUUGUUGCGUUGCUACAAGUUGUGUGGUAAAGCUAGCCUUGCUACAAGCCCGACUUCACGUCACACAACCACCACUGAUGUCUUGGUUUCAUUAGACAUCUUUGCAUUUAAUACUAAUAAUCCUAACAUCAUGGGGGUAAUUUUUAUGGAGCAAUAGUUGUUUUGAAGUAUAUAUAAUAGUGAUGAUGCUUGUCAAUAAUUCAAUCACUGAAGGUAAUUGUCAUGUUAUGUAAUUAUGAUAUUACAAAUAAACUGGUGCAUGGUUGUUUCCAACCUUAUCACCUGUUACAAUGUUGGCUAGCCAAUGGAACCAAUCCUUAUUGUUGUGCCCAUGUGAGGAGCACUCCAGAGGCCUGCAGCAGAUACAGUUUGCCCCAGGAGUCAGCUCUUACAAUUUGUCACAUCCCAGGAGCACCAGCUUGUCAGACCUAGGGCAUACUAAGAGCUUUGACUACGGUUUUGUAGUAAAGAUCUGCAGGGGCCCCUCACCCUAACCCACGGGAUGUCUUGCCAGCCUAGCUGCCAGCAUGCCAUGUCCCCCAACAACCCAUCACCUGCUCUGCCUUGUCCUGUCCUCAUUCCCAGGUCUUCUAACACCACUACCCUUCCACCAUCACAACUCUGUUCCUGGUUGACUUGGUGUCUGUGUGCGUGGUCCGCCCCCUCCCAUCCUGUUCUUAGAUGUGGCAAAUAUGCAUUAGUUUUAAGUCAGUUCUCUGGGCUGUUCACCAAACCAUUACACAUAACAAAUUGUAGUCAAUAGCAAACAGUUAUUUCAUUCAUUUCUGUAGAGAAAAUGAAAGAUUUUCUAAAUACUGAAAUGUUGUAAAUCCAAUAAAUGUUACUGUAAACUGGUAGAGGUAACCAAGAUACAACCUUCUGUAAAUCUUCAGUCAUUUUGUGAUGCUCGUCUCUUGAUAUGUCAGCCACGACACUACUUUAAUAUUUUGUUUGUCAACUAAUUCUUGGACUGAGGAAGUGUAAGAUCAGUGAACUUUGAUAAAAAAAAGGCCUUGUACUUCUUCUCUUUGUCCAUUAUCUGAUGUGUGUGUGUGUGUGUGGGUCCGUGGGUUGUUUGUGGAGUGUGGAGUGGCAAAACCAUGAAACUCCCUAUCUUGUUCAGGAAAAUGGGAAGAGCAACCCACAGUUUGGUUAGUGUUGUGGUGCGAGCCGGGAUGACUGGUCCCUGCCGCUGAAGCAGCUACUGAAACUCUGCCACUACCCACGCACUCCAACGCGCGUACUACUUUAGAUUUUUCGUGGAUAUAAACAAAUGGCUUCUAUUGUUAAUAGGAAAGAACAUUACUUGUUGAGUUUGUUAACUUUAAAGAUAAAGGUUUUCGAGAG